AUGGCAAGCAGACCAGAAACAGUGGUGGAUCCAAAGGAGGCUUUCGAGCUGAUUACCAAGAACUUGCAGGAGGUUCUCAAUCCUCAAAUCAUCAAAGAUGUGCUCGAAGUCCAAAAGAGACCAUUGAAGCUCUACUGGGGUACGGCGCCCACAGGUCGUCCUCAUUGUGGGUACUUUGUUCCUGUGACCAAGCUGGCACACUUCCUGAAAGCCGGAUGUGAGGUAACUGUACUUUUAGCGGACUUGCACGCUUUUCUGGACAAUAUGAAGGCACCUCUAGAGGUGGUGCAGUACAGAGCCAAAUACUACGAAUGUGUUAUCAAAUCGUUGCUUCGCAGCAUUAAUGUUCCCAUCGAGAAACUGAACUUUGUUGUUGGUAGCUCGUAUCAACUUUCUGCUGAUUACACAAUGGAUAUCUUUAAGCUGUCAAACAGAUUGUCUCAAAAUGACGCUAAGAGGGCUGGAGCUGAUGUCGUUAAACAGGUUGCCAAUCCAUUGCUCAGCGGUUUGAUAUACCCACUGAUGCAGGCUUUGGAUGAGGAGCAUUUGGAUGUCGACGCUCAGUUUGGCGGUGUGGAUCAACGUAAGAUUUUCGUGUUGGCCGAGGAAAACCUUCCUUCCAUUGGUUACAAAAAAAGGGCCCAUUUGAUGAAUCCAAUGGUCCCUGGUCUUAGCCAGGGUGGUAAAAUGUCGGCUUCUGAUCCAAACUCUAAGAUCGACAUUCUAGAAGAGCCAAAGCAAGUCAAAAAGAAGAUUAAUACCGCUUACUGCGCACCAGGUGUCAUUGAAGACAAUGGUCUUCUUUCUUUCAUUGAGUAUGUUGCUGUUCCCAUCCAAGAAUUGAAAUACGGUACCAACUACUUCAAGUUUCACAUUAAUAGACCUGAUAAAUUUGGUGGGCCCAUCACCUACACAUCUUUUGCUGAGCUAGUACAGGAUUACAAGAAUGAGAAGCUUGCUCCACCUGACUUGAAAACUGGUGUAAGCGAUGUCAUCAAUAUGCUAUUAGCUCCUAUUAGAGAGGACUUUGUCAAAGACCUCGAAUUUCAAGAAGCCGGAGCGAAAGGGUACCCAGUCGCUGUCGCUGAAAAGGCAAAGAAACAGAAAAAGCCAAAGAAUAAAGGCUCGCGUUAUCCAGGUGCUCCAAGUACCUCUGAUGGUGUUUCUGACGGGGUUUCACAAACUGCUGAUAAUUUGCAGCAAACUGUCCUGGAUGACUCGGCUUAA